AUGGUGCCGAACGAAGAGCUUGAUAUGUACACUGCGACCCCAUUCCCGACAAAACCCGAGCAGAUCCUAUUACCUCUUCCCGGAAAAGGACAACAACAAUACAUAUCAGACACUGGUUUCAGCUAUUCAGAUCACCAACUGGGAUCUGCGUAUUCCCCACCACCAUUCAGCCCACCAGCACCCAACAGCCCGAGAGAUUUUUCAAUUGGUGAGAGUUGGGAUGUAUCCUCCACCGUGGAUACCGGGAACUCGCCUCCACAGUUAUGGGAUGACGAUCCAUCAUCCAGCAAGUCAUCAUUGCCAGAUACGGGGAAAGCACCAAACUAUGGGUUCGAGAGUUCCGAACCCGAAUACUCAGAUGACGAGAUGAUCGUCUUGCCGACAACCACACCAACCAUUAAAGCUGUUCUCUCGGAGCCAUCCAUGUCGCCAAAGUCUUCUGCGGAAUCCGUCACUGGGUACUCUAGCCCUGUCGUCGAACAACUCGGAGCCCCGUCAAGUCCCAACUUUGUUAUGCUGGAUAACUCGAGCAUGAACUUCAAUAGUUCGGCUACAGCAUCGGAGUCAGAUCCGCGAACAAACUCACUCUCCUCGUAUAAUUCACGAGGAACCGUCGUCAGGCACACCGGCUCUGCACCCUGGUUCCAAAACGCCUUUCAACCAGCUUCAUCCGAGCACUCGAGCUAUGGAUCCCCAUCAUUUCACUCCAGCCCGCCCGCGCAGUCCAUCGCCUCAUUCCACUCCAGCCCACCUGCGCAGUCAAUAGCCUCGUUCCGCUCGUCAUCCAGGGCACCAUCAGGCAGCCUUUCCCAAUCAGCAACAUCUUCUUCGCGCAGUCUCCGCUCCGCUUCUGACCUGCAGGCAGCCAUUGACAAUGGAGUGCCUAUUCAAUACCCGCGUAUUCGCGUGCCAUCGUCCUCAAGCUCCCGCGCCGGCACAUCAGUUACAUCAGAACGCGACUUCACCCCUGGCCCUCCAUCCGGACGUUGCAAUCCCCACUUGGCAUCUGGACGCUGGAACCCGCACCUAUCAACAGUCUCAUCCAUCUGGUCCGCCGAUGAAUUAACCAACCUCGCUGGAGAAGCAGAAACAGACUCAGACCGCGACAUGGCAGAGCCAACCCCACCGCCACCAGCAGCCCUAAAAACAGAAACAACCAGAUCCUCCGUCUGGCUUGUCGAAUCCCCCAACGACAGCGAAGACGAGCGCCUCGACAGCCUGACCAAGCUCCCCACGCGCCCAGUCUUCUCUCAAAGUCUCUCUUCGGGCUCAAAACGAAGCAACAGCACCCGCAGCCUUCAACGCCCAGGCACGGGGUCAAGCACAAUUCUCAGCAUCCUUCCAACCUGGGCAAAAGUUUACUACCUCCGCGAGCCAAUGGGCUUAAACUCAACACUAUCCAUGAUAGAUAGCAACCGCGCGCCAUCCACACGCCCGCCAUCUACACGGCCGCCAUCCACCCGCCCAGGAACUGGAACCUCAAACUCAAGCAUCUUCAACCUCGUUCCAGGCCCCCUCAACGUCCCCCGCCCCCGCUCCCCAGAACAAAGACCCCCCUCCCCACAACGCAAACCCGUUCCCCAACGCCGUAUUGAGAGCGACCCGCGUGAUCCGCGUGCUCACUGGGUCCCCUCCCCACAACCCGAAGACGGCGAGUUCAGUGGUGGCCACCUCCACCGCCUCCGACACAGCUGGUCCCCGCACCUCAUCCCAGACGGACGUGUUCCACAGCGCUCGACAAGCCGAUGGCGGCCACCAUCCCUUGACUCUCGCAACGAGCCCAUGUUCGGCCGUCGAAAUAUCCAGGUAUAUUCAUUCUGCGCGGGGUUCAUUUUCCCCGUUGCCUGGUGUAUCGCGGCCUUCCUGCCGCUGCCACCGAAACCGAAGAUGCCGCAGAUGGUCGAGUACGAGUCCGUCUCGGAUGUGGGUGCGGCGCUUGAGGCCCAGUGUGUCAAUUUGCAACAAAGGAGGAGAGAUAAUGCGCGAUGGUGGAGGACUCUUAAUCGAUGGAUGAUUGCCCUUGGGGUUGUUAUACUUGUUAUUAUUAUUGUGUUGGCUGUUAUUGGGACUACCACGGGUUUUUAG